AUGUCGAAAACGAAGUCCACUAAGACCGACGCCAAGGCGUCCAAGAAGGCCGUUACAUCCGGCGUCAAGGAAGGCCGAGUAGCGAAGCCGGCGCAGACCCCCAAGGCGAAGAGCAAAGACAUCGCCAAGUCGGCCGCUGCCACCAUCACAAAGGAGGAGAAGAAGAAGAAGUCUAAGAAGGCUCCUACUCCGGAGCCCGAGUCCGAGUCUGAGGAGUCUGAAUCUAGCAGCAGCGAGAGCGAGAGCGAGAGCGGCUCAGAGAGCGAUUCUUCCAGCGAGGAGAAGGUCGCUCCCAAGAAGGCUCCCGCUGUUAAGGCCGCUGCCAAGGCUGAGUCUGAGUCCGAGUCAGAUUCCGACUCUGACUCCAGCUCGUCCGAGAGCAGCGAGGAUGAGAGUGAAGACGAGAAAAAGGCUGCUCCCAAGGCCAACGGUGUCUCCAAGCCCGCUGCUAAGGCCGAAACUUCCUCUGAGUCUGAGUCCGAGUCCGAGUCUGGCUCUAACAGCGAGAGCGACAGCAGCGAGGAGUCUGAAGAUGAGAAGCCCGCUGCGAAGGGCAAGGAAGCUCCCGCCAAGAAGACGAAGGCCGAGACCUCGUCGGAAUCCGACUCUGACGAAUCCAGCGAGUCUGACUCUGAUGCCAGCGACUCCGAGGAGUCAUCCAGCGAGGAGGCCAGCGAGAAGGAGGAAGAAGCCCCUUCCAAGAAGCGCAAGGCGGAUUCUGUUCCUGAGGAGGCCGUCAAGAAGACUAAGACCGACGAGGCUGGGGAGGGUGUCAAGAACCUCUUCGUCGGCAACCUCAGCUGGAACGUUGACGAGGAAUGGCUCCAGCGUGAGUUUGAGCAGUUUGGUGAGAUUACUGGCUGCCGCAUCAUCACCGACCGCGAGAGUGGCCGUCCCAAGGGCUUUGGCUACGUUGAGUUCGCCAGCGCUGAGUCUGCGAAGAAGGCCCAGGCAGAGAUGCAUGAGUACGAGCUUGACGGCCGCAAGAUGAACGUCGAUUUCAGCACUCCUCGUCAGAAUAACAAGGAGGGUGCCGGUGAGCGUGCCAACCGCUAUGGCGAUAAGCGCAGCCCGCCCAGCAACACCCUUUUCAUUGGCAAUAUCUCUUUCAAUGCAACCAACGAGAUCAUCUCCGAGAAAUUCGCCGAGUACGGAACCAUCACUCGCGUCUCACUUCCCACCGAUCGUGAGACUGGUGCCCCCAAGGGCUUCGGGUAUGUCGACUUCAGCACCACCGAAGAAGCCCAGGCUGCCCUGGAGGCCUUGAAUGGCGCCGAAAUUGAGGGACGUUCCAUCCGCAUCGACUUCGCCUCUGCCCGUGACAACAAUGGUGGAGGUGGUGGCGGCUUCCGCGGUGGCCGUGGAGGUGGCCGUGGAGGAGGCCGUGGCGGCUUCGGCGACCGUGGUGGACGGGGCGGACGAGGUGGCCGUGGCGGAGGCCGUGGCGGACGUGGCGGCUCCACCAACCGUGGUGGCUUCGGUGAAUUCAAGGGCCAGAAGAUUUCCUUCUAA